AUGCUUUUAGCUGCUGAUCCUCACUCUGCCAUAGACAUUGAUAAAUUAGUGGGUUGGCUCAUUGCCCAAGCAGAGCAGACGAAUGGAUGCCCAGAGAGUUUUUGUCUAGUUGAUGUAAAUGAUCAUGACGUAUACUCGAAAUCUCACAUAGCAAAUGCAUAUCAUUAUGAUAGAAUAAUGCUCGCUCGGCUCAUCUAUGAAACUCCUAUUCUUGCACAAGCCAGAGCUGAAGGUCAUCUUCUCGUGAUCUAUGGCAGAGAAGCUGACAGAGUGGCAAAAGUACUUUUUCAGAGAGGAUUCAAAACUGUAUUGCUGAAAGGAAAUGUAGCACAGUUCAAGGAGAGCUAUCCUUGCUUGGUCGAACCCUCAAUUGACUUUGUGAAACUCAAAGAGAUCUACGAAAAGAAGAGGAACAGUGUCUUCGGAGGUCGACUUUGGCGCAGUACGUCAGCCUCUCGUCUGAAGUCAGUACAACAAGAAGAGCGAAUUGAGAAGUCAAAGAAAAUUAACAGUCGUCCAUCAAGUCAAUCUAGGAAACCGUGGCUUUGA